CCCUCUAGCGGCUACUACAACGACAGCCGAGCCGGAAGUGCUACAGCUCGACCGAUACACGUGUAAAAUACACCAAAUCUGAAGGAAAGAAACCCCUUCACGCUAUUUUAUCACUCUGUAGGACUCUGUGGAGUGUGCAGGGAGUGUGAAGAUGUUCGGCUCGUCGCGGUCAGGAGGAGUGAGGGGAGGACAGGACCAGUUUAACUGGGACGAUGUGAAAGUGGACAAACACCGAGAGAACUAUCUGGGGAACUCUCUGAUGGCUCCAGUGGGACGCUGGCAGAAGGGUAAAGACCUGUCGUGGUUUAAUAAAGAUAAACAGAGCUCCGGGGCGAAGGACAGAGAGCAGGAGCUCAGAGCCGUGAGAGAGGCGGAGCACAACGCCAUGAUGGAGGCACUGGGUCAUAAAACGGUUCAGAAGCGUCCGGCCGGUCUGACGAAGGAGGACCUGGUGGAGGUGUGCAGAAGAGAGGGAGAGGGGGACGAACGAGACGUGGACCGAGUCUCCGGCCUGGGAAGCUCCAGUGGUGGAGGGCGGAGGAUGAUUUUGUCCAAACAGGAGAAGGAAGCGGUGAAAAUGGGUCUCCCGGUGUUCACUCAUCAUCAGGUGUCUGGAGGUGAAGCUGGAGCUUCUACGAAAACCGAAGAACCACAGAUAGAAGAAGAGACUAAAAGCGGCAGAACUGACGGCCAGAAGAAAAGUAAAAAGGAGAAAAAGAGCAAAAAGGAGAAGAAGAAAAAGAAAGAGAAGAAAAAGCGGCACAGGAAAGAGUCGUCCCCUGACUCCGACUCUGACUCGGACACUGAGCGUAAAAGGCAUAAACAACACCACAGAGACUGUCGGCGUGAUUCUAGUCCAUCACAUGGCAGUCACAGAGGAUACAAUUCUCACGACAGACGCUCAGAUCGGGGGUCAAAGGUCAGGCAUCGAAGCCCCUCCCCUUCAGCCAGGGACCGCCCACCACGACAUCGCCAUGACACCGACUCAGAUGACUGACAUUCCAAUGAAACAGAUUCCUCAUCUUAUUAAGACUCUCAGUUCAUUAGGAUGGUGUGUUGGGGGGGGUUUAUUGUGCCUGCAGUCUGUGUGUGUGUUGGGGGGGGUUUAUUGUGCCUGCAGUCUGUGUGUGUGUG